GUAAAGGAGGACUCAGUAUCUUUGGAAAUGACUUCGAUAUUGUGGUUGGCGUUUUUCAGUAUAAUCCAUUUUACUGCUGCUGGAAAUAUCUGUCGGACAGAUUGCGAAGUUCAGUUUGUACCGAAAGGAUGUUACAAAGAUAAUGGAAGAAAUCGAGCGCUGCCUAAUUACAUCUACAACGAGCGGGAUCCACGGGCCAAGAAAACCUAUGGUGGCAGAAGAAUUGAUUGGUACAACUGGAAUGAGUAUUAUCCCGGCUUUGCGUGUCGAUGUGCAGAAAAAGCUAAGGCUCAAGGAUACGACCUUUUUGGUGUUCAGUUUUACGGAGAAUGUUGGGCUGGACAUAGUGGAAAAAACAACUAUUUAAAGUAUGGCGAAGAUGUGAAAGGAUGUAUUGAGGACAGUUUCUUGACAUGCACUCCAUAUAGCCGUUACUGUGUGGGUAAACAGUGGCGCAAUAUGGUAUAUCAAAUUGUGGAUGCUACAUGCCCUAAGAUCAACUUCGAAAGGGUUGGCUGCUUCGGAGAUAAACACCAACCAUUCGCAAGACCACUACCAGACUAUCUUUUCAACGACAGGGAUCCUAGCAUUGAUAACUUCAGCGGAAGGAGAAUCGAUUGGCGAGCCUGGGAUAUUUAUUUACCAGAAUUCGCUUGUAGAUGUGCCGAGGCGGCGAAGAAAGCAAAUCACACUUUCUUUGGAGUGCAGUUCUACGGAGAGUGCUGGAGUGGCCUCAACAGCCAUAUGACCUACGACAUCGAUGGCCCACGACAAGGUGGCUGUAUCAACCCGUGUUACCAGCCCUGUGCCCAACACAACAAGUUCUGUGCCGGAAGAAACUUUGAAAACUUUGUGUAUAGAAUAGUGGACGGUUCAUGUGAAGUAGAUAUCAGCCCCGUAGGUUGUUACAAAGAAGACUCUGCGAUUCCCGCCAUGGGAGAAAUCUUUCACAACGAAGCUGCACCAGAUAAGCCAAACUUUGUCGGAAAUAUGAUCCAGUCUGUUGAUAAUUAUGAAGCUUACUUCCCAGAUUUCCUAUGCAAGUGCGCCAGGAAGGCAAGAGAAAACGGCUGGGAGUAUUUUGGAGUCAGAGAACUGGGAAUAUGCGUACGAGGGAAUCCCCCAUCGAAUUACGCCCGACACGGACCGUCCCAGCAGUGUUUUGUGGGAAAUAGUUCCAUAGCUUGUCCAAACGGUUCCAAAUUAUGCAGUGGCUUAAAUUCAGAGGCUAACUACGUAUACAAAGUAACCCUUCCAGGAGAGACCCCAGUAAGAGACGUGGCUCAAGAUAUUCCAGAUGAACGUCCUAAGGCCGUCCCACCGCCGAUCUUUAUGCGAAGCCAAAGGCACCCCAAAGCAAAAGCUCACCUAUAUGGAAAAAGGCUUUUGUGAGGCCUAAGUGUCUCAACACGCGAAACGGACCUACGGGAGCUUAUCAAUUGAUUAAAGAAUGUACGUCAAAAACAAAGACUUCGACAACGAAUAGCUAGCCUUCUUUUAACUUAAAGCUGAUGUAAAGGAGUUACGAGCAACAAGUUAAAUGUAACGAGUAAUGGGUGUAUAUUAAAUUAUAAAAAUUCAGUCUUGA